AUGGGCAACGUCGCUUCCUCCAAAAUCAAGACCGUGAGACGGUUUCAUCGACGAGGUCAUCAAGGCCUGACAAGACUGCAGGAAAGCGGUGCUGGCGCUCGUUCGGCUUCGAACAUCCCAGAAGAGUCAAAGCUCGGCUCGCCAGCAGACCAAGCCAACAUGGAUACGAUAGAUCCUCGAGACCUCAUUUGGGUGUCGGACGACGACACUCCUCCAUCUACCCCCGAGAGCAAGACAGAGCCUGAAUCGACGGCUUCAGGACCCGCGCUCGACGACCGGGACGCAUGCUUUCAAUCUGUCCAGCGUCUCUUUCCAGAUAUAUGUGACGACUAUCUUAGAAAGACCUCUCAGGACAAAGGCCACGAACACGAUGCAGUCAUUGCUCACAUACUAGAUUCCAUCGACAACGGCGAGGACUAUCCUCGACGUCCAAGGAAGCGAAAGCGGUCUGAAGAAGAUGACGAUGUUGAUGCCGACGAUGAGGUCACCAUAGCGACCAAGAAGUUCAACCAUCCCGGCCGCCAGAUUGAGAUUCACGACUUCACUCGCAUCAGAUUCACCAAGACUCUGUUAGUGCAGAACUUCCCCAGAAUCCCUUGCAAAGACCUGUAUGCCCUCUUGGACAUCCACAAUUGCCUUCUAUUCCCUACAGUCCUGGCUAUAGGAAAGAUCGUGGACGAAUGGAAUGAGGCAGAACCUCCCUUUCAGUACAAGAGGCGGCCGACGAGAGAGGAGCCACUUUACUCUAUGAACAACCUUCCCCAAGCUAUCAAGGACGCAGAGAACGCCAUGGAGAGGGAACUGCUCGAAGAAUUCCGAGCGGCCAAGAUCGUUCUUCAGGCGCAGCGCCAGCAGAGAGCAGCGGAGAGACAGCAAGAGCUGGAGGAACAGGCCAAUUUCGAGAGGGCCAAGGCUGCAGGCCAAAUCCGGGAAUGCGGUUGCUGCUUCGGGGAUGCAGCCGAAAACCGCAUGGUGCACUGCAACGGGGACUAUUCGGGAGGCGAUCGCCAUUGGUUCUGCCGGGACUGUGCCCGACGAGCCGCCGAGACGGAGAUCGGGCUCUCCAAAUACCAUCUCGCUUGUCUCUCGAUGGACGGGUGCCCGGCCGGAUUCUCGCCCGCUCAGCGAGAGCUCUUCCUCGAUACGGGCAUGCAAACUGCACUGGAGCGAAUCGAGCAGGAAGCUCUGCUACGAAUGGCGGGUAUCGAGAACCUGGAGACUUGCCCAUUCUGUCCAUAUGCCGCAGAGUAUCCGUCGGUCGAAGUAAAUAAGGAGUUCCGUUGUGACAGGGCAGAUUGCGGAAUCGUGAGCUGUCGGCUCUGCCGGAAGGAGACGCACAUACCGAAGACAUGCGCUGAGAUGGAACUGGACAAAGAGGAUGGUGAAUCCGCAAGGCGCACCAUCGAGGAGGCCAUGACUGCUGCCUUGGUUCGGAAUUGCAACAAAUGCGGGACGCCAUUCAUCAAGGAAGACGGGUGCAACAAGAUGACUUGCACUCGUUCCGGCUGUAGAAACGUCCAGUGCUACGUCUGCCACAAGUCUUGCGACUACUCCCACUUUGACGAUAGUACCCGCGGAGGGAAGAAGGGCAACUGUCCCUUGUUUGAGAACGUCGCAGAGCGCCAUGAACGGGAAGUACGCGAGGCAGAGGAACGCACUCGCCAGGAAGUCGUGGAUGCAAACCCCGGGGUGGCCCUUGAGAAUCUACAGAUCAACGUGUCUGAGAGGGUCAAGGAGGAUGAGAAGAAGCGCAAGGCCCGCGAUCCACGGCAUGUGGUUCACAUCCCCGUACCAGCGCGCGCCCGGCAUCUAGGCCACAACAUAGCAAUGGGUAGACAUGCCAAUGAAGCUGUCGCCGCAGUCGGAGUUCCGCCGCGGGAACCGUAUGAACCAUUAUUCGGACCAGUAGGGAUGAACGCCAUGCCAUUUGUGCCGCCUGUCGCCUUACCACGGGCCCCCGAGCUUGGUAGGGUCGCAGAUGCUAUCAGGAACAUAACUCGCGGACACGAUGUCUUACCACGGUACGUGCCACCGCGGCCACCAGCACCACCAGCACCACCAGCACCAGCUGCGAAGCCGCCAAGCAAGGACUCUCCGGAGAGAGUGGGCGAAGGUCCGCUAUCUCACAUACGGGGAAUCAUCAGACAAGGACAAAUGGUCGCGAACCAGUCCCUAGCCAACCUUGGAGGUCUUCUGCCGCCUUCGCGGGAAGACCGGGAGUUCCGCGACAAGGUCCGGACAUCACUUGCUCGAUAUCGAGAAGGUCAAAUGCGGUUCGCUUUCGAGGAUGAGUACCCGGAUAGCCCGGCGCAGCCAGGCCGCCGUGUCGAAGAUCCUCGUCCGCCCCGUCCACCCAGAGAAGCUCCCGCUCCGCAGAGAGGACCUCCUCCGCCGAGAGGACCUGCUCCGCCGAGAGAAGCCCCUCGCCUUCGUCACGCUAAUCAGCAGCCGCCUGACAAUAACAUGCCGGCCAGGAUUUCUCGGUUUCGGCAUCAGGCUCCUCCACCCCCGGCAGGACCGGUGCCGGCGCAGAACAACCCGCCUCAAGCCGGGGGAGGCGCAGCGCCUCGAGCUCAGCAUCGGCAGAGCGCGAGGUCCAGCUUCGAAGGGCAGGCACCGCCUCGGCAGCCGUUUUUCGUCGCGAUUCCCGCGAGGUCCAUGUUCCGGAGAGAACAUUUCGGCCAUCAAGGUGGCCAGUAG